UCACGAGAUAGGGUUUUGCCGCGCCGCGAUUGUGUGUCUCAGAGCUACCGACCGUGGCGGGGCCCCCAUGGUUGUAAAUGGCUGACGGGAAUCGGAAAAUGAGGGCCGAACGUCGCGCGUGAUUCCACAGCUAAGACGCUGAGAAACAGGGUAGAAAAUGUCAGAGCCAGAAGAAAGUCUGGCAGCGCCGGAUAGUACUACGAGGGAACAGAAAUUGGGUUUCUCUCAUGGGGAUGAUGUUCUUCUACAACACAAGGAUGGAAAAUUUUAUCUUGGAACAAUUGUUGAGGUGGAUUUGGCAAGGGAGAAAUGCCUUGUCAAAUUUAUGGACAACACCUCCGCAUGGUCCUCUGUUAAGGAGCUGACAAAGCUUUCAAUGCCAGAUUCUGAUGUUAUGUGCGUUCUUUGUAAAAAAUCUCAGCCCAAGACUGAUAAUGACAUUAUAGUUUGUGACAAAUGUGGUCGUGGUUAUCAUCAACUUUGUCAUCAGCCUCAGAUAUUAAAAGAAGAAACUGCAGCUGAGGCACAUUGGAUGUGUAAAAGAUGUAUAGAUAGUCAACCAAGGACACGUGAAGUUAUAGAACCAAAAACUUCUAUGGUAAAGGCAAGUAUCAGAAAAGUUUGCAGUGGUAGGGACCAACCUCAGCCACCACCAGAUGAUAUGACAAAGUUGCCGUAUGAUCCUAAUAUGUUAAAUUGGGAUGUACAUCAUAGAGUAAAUGCAGAACAAAUUUAUUGUUAUUGUGGACUCAAUGGUGAAUGGUAUACACAAAUGUUGCAAUGUGCUCGUUGCAAGCAAUGGUUUCAUGAAAAAUGUGUUAGUUGCCUAACUUAUCCUUUAUACAGUGGAGAUAGAUUUUAUGUAUUUGUUUGUUCAAUGUGCAAUUAUGGCAAAGAAUUCGUACGGCGACUGGAAUUGAAAUGGGUAGAUCUGGUGCACCUGAUGUUGUACAAUUUGACUGUUUACAAUGCUAAAAAGUAUUAUGAUUUGGACACUGUUAUUGUACCUUAUGCCAAUGAUAAUUGGAAUACUUUACAGCUUCCACCUCGGAUCAGGGAUGUCAGUGCUCAAAUACGCAGAGAAUCUAUACUAGGGAUAUUGACAAAUAAUAGAAACAGGUUUAAAUGCGGCAGAGAAAUAAAAAAACGUACUACGAUAUGGGGUCUUAGAGUUAGAUUACCACCACCAUGUCCAAUUGUUAAUCUUCCAGCAACUGGUGUAAUAGAUGAUUCUGUGUUACGUAGAUGCUGGGGUGCUAAUAAAAGACUGCAAUAUCUUCCUCCACCUACAGGACCGAUAUCUUUACCAGAAAGUACAAAACAAUUAACUGCAUUAAAACAAAGCACAGCAGAAAAUUUAGAAAUUCCAGUGAAUCCAUCGGAUGUAGUGAUGCGUGGAACAAUUUAUCAAAACUCGGAAGCAGAACAAAGUUCGUGUCCAAGUCCAAGUCCACCGAGUCAAUCUACACAAUCUUUACGAGAAAGGUAUAGUGGAGGUGGCUUUGUAAAGAAAUCAUUCCCAUUUCCUAAACUCAGUUUACAAAGAAGAAGACGUUUAAUGGCGUUAGGAAGUUCUCGUGAAAGAAUGUUACGUAAACAUAAGAAAAGAGAAAAAGGUGAUGCUGCCUUGAGUAAGGCUCAAGGUGUUCGAGAAGCUAGAUAUAGAAAAGCGAGGAAACUGCUAAAAAACGCUAUAGCUAAGAGCAAAUCUCGAAACUCGGAAACAUCUGAUCUACCACCUACGCCUCCAACUUCAGUUUCUGGUCCACCUACACCCCCUGCUACAACCUCGGGUAUAUCUGAAUUAUCUGUGCCUAGUUCCGUGGAAUUGAUGUAUCCUUUACCACCAUCGACGCCUGCGGAUACAAGUGGGGAUGAAACUAGUUCAAGAGGGACUUUGGACUCCUUUAUUCCACCACCCAAGGACUUUGAAGGCAAGAAUAAUCCUUUUAGAAAUCUCAGUGAUUUAUUGGGUACACCCGGUAAUCUCAAUCAAACAAAUUCAAGUACCCCGUCACCGUACAAUCAAUGUCCAAUCACAUUACCUCUACCGCUUACUCCUGUUAUAUCUCAACCGCCGGUAGUACGGCCAGCCAAAAGACAAUUAUCGGAAAAAGACAUUAUUAUAGACAGAAAUGGGCAAGUAAAACGUAGACGUCAACAUCGGAGAGGACGUCCGUCGCAACAACAAAUACAACAACAAUAUCAACAUACUGCCAGUAAGACGGCAACCAUCUUACCGGCGCGUAAUAACGAAGUUAAAAGUGAGUUUGCAAGGAAUUUAAGAAGUUCGUUUAACGGUGCCUCAAGCAGUGCUAGUAGUCAAAUUGGAAAUUGUGUUGAUUAUGCCUUAAAUGGAAGGAGACUUAGACAACGUCAAAGCAAUGACAAAUUACCACCCCCGGAUCCGCAACCGCAAAAGAAAGGUAGUGUACCUUCAUCUCCAAAGUGUUCACCCGUUAAACAAAGUGCGCCCGACAUAUCUCUGGAUGAUCUAAAGUCAUCGGUGAACAUAUAUUUUGGAGCAGCUAAUAGAAUCGCUGCUGGUGAAAAGUUUGUCAUCAGAGCAAAAAGGAUAGGACCAAACGGUCAGACUCAAUAUCUAAUCGAGUGGGAGGGACUUAACACUUAACAAUAAAUAAUUUGUUUAUGAUUAUAAAUGCAUUGCAAUCAUAUAAAAUUUCCGUUACAUCAUCGAGCAAGAGCAGCGUUAAAUUGUUGCUCGAUCAUUUUCAAAAGGCUCGAUAUGUAAGAGAAAUGAUUAGUGGCAAAUUGAUCUGUGUCACAUGCACUGCCAUUCGUUACAUAUUUUUAUGUAAUAAGUAUGUAUUAUUAAUUGGUGUACGAUGUGUGACUGUUCUUGCAAAUGUAAAUUUUAUUUUAUUCGUUUAGCAGAUCGAGUCUUACGAAGAUGCUGUUCCAAACAACAAUAACAAUGAAUUCAUUGCUGGACAAUGAAUUUGUUUUGCCGCUUAUUCAAAAUAAAAUAUCGAUUCACAUUUUUUUUUAUUAUCCAUAUAAAAAGCGUGAAUUUUCUAUUCGAUUCAGAUUUUUAUAUUUAAAAUGUACCGUCCAUGAUUAGCUUCGAUGCAUAAAAUUCAAUUAACGUUUGUAUAUCUAUUUUAAUACAAAGGCAAAUAAAAAAUGUAUGAAGGAAACAUUUACAAGAACAAUCAGAUACAUUGCUUUAUAAAUUGUAUAUAUUGUAGCAUAGUAGUUUCGCAGAAAAAUCGACGAAUGUAAAGCAAAGAGAAUCAUUUGCGCUGGAUUUUGCAUUCAUUAGAGAUUGGCCAAUCGCUCCUUUUUUAUGAGUUAUGGAGCAGACCAUGAUCCCGAUGACAAGAAAAAAAAAAAAUGCGAAUUGAAAAACUGACAAUUGUUCCUCUCACUUGAUCUAACAUACUAGCGACCGUUAGUGGUUAGUGUUUAAAGAAUAAAAGAAAAAUAUGGAAUAAAAAAGAAAAAGCAGACAUCCUGCAAAAGGUUAUUUUUCAAUACAAUUGUAGAGAUAGACAUCCGCUUCUGUAACUUCAUCUUCUUGAACUGUUGUCUACAUCUUCUAUCCAUAUGACAAUAUAAAUAAAAUCAAAAUCAUUAAUUAACGCAUGAUCAUACUGCCACACUUGCACCAAUUUAUCUUUUAUAGUUAAAUUUUACCCUCGAAUACAUAAUGUUUAAUAAAUAUAAUAGCUAACAAUGCAAUUAUUCAUCGAUACGAAUCUUAGAAAAGAAUUUUUAUUUUUCAUAGACGGUUCAAGAUGAUGAGGAUGCGGUUCUAGCAUUGCUCAUUAUUAUACAAGACUAAAAGGAAAGAACAUACCUAUUUCGUAAUAACGUACAAUUUAAAAAGUCGCAGGGCUGAGUACGUAAGUGGUUGGCCAAAGUUAUCUGUGCAAAGGAUAACACAUUGUAAAUUUUCCCUAUGAUUUUCUGAAUUGUGAAGAGGAGAUCAUUUUGAACUCGAAAUGUAGCGAAUCUUUAUAAACUGUUCUUGUUACAUUAAAAAGAAAAAAGAAAAAAAGAGAAAGAAAAAAUGUAGGGCAUGUGAAAAUAUUUGUUCGCAUGUAAUAUAGACAUUCGCGUAGAUAUUUUUCCAUUAUUCGAAAAUUUGUUUUAAGUUUCUUAGAAUGAAUUUUAAAUGAACGCUGAUACGACUUGAAUUAAUAAAAUUAAUAAUGAAUAUUCGUACAAAAUCAUUUAUACUACAAUCAUUUGUCUGAUUCUCGAAUUAUAAAAUUGAUACAGCACAGAAUCUAUGGUCAGAACUUACUGAUCAGUGAAUAUUUGAAAGAAAAUUUGAACGAUUCCUCGUUAAAUUCUUGAAUCGAUAGAAUUUAUCAAAAAUAAUGUCGAAGAAAUUUAUUCGUUCACACAUAAUUAUACUCUUAUACAAUUCGAAUCUAAUUUUAUUUAAUAGUUUAUUUGGGACGACUAUAGUAAGAAUUAUUAUAAUUAGAAUGUAACAACGAAAAAAUUUUAGUAAGAAAGGUUGUAGUCAUCUGAUAAUCGAGUCUUUCUUUAGAUGCUAAAAAAUACAGAGAAUCGAGAGAAAAAAAUCAUGUUUCGCGUAAUCUAUUCUAUUUUGCGUUCGUUCAUUUGAUUUUCGAUUUUUUCAUAGAAUAAUAAUCAUACGAAUUUUUCCUAAAUAUCUGGAUAUGAGAAAUCCGCGAGUCAUUCAUGCAUAGACAGACUUACCUAAGAUAGGUAUUUUUAAGCGCUAUUUAUUUAAUCUACUAUACGUAAUUUUUUUUUUUUUUUUUUUUUUUCUCCAUUGUAACUCCUUUAGAGAGAUUUUACAAAGUCGCGACCGACUAUUGUUUGUAAGUUCGGUGAGGUUAAACUUUAGUGAUGGUAAAUUGAAAUUAUCAAUUUCUAUCUAUGUGUACAAUUUUCUGCCAAUAAUUAAACACACUCAUUUUUCUAUAUAAGUUUUUACAUUGUUUUUCUUUCAAAAGAAAUUUUUCUUUUGAUUGUCUUCGCGUAUUAGAAAAAGAAUGUGUUCAAGUGUGUUCAGACUUUUAAUCACAUUAUUAUACACUCUACAAAAUAGAAUUUUCGUAACAUUUUCGUACAAUAGAUACUCAAAUGGUACGCAUAUCUUAUUUCCAAUUAUGCGGUACUGCGCGAAGCGUUAUUAUACUCUCUAAAGGAAACGUAUAUAGGUAAAUAUUGGACGAAGACACUGCCAAACGUUUAAGUUAUAAUUUAAUAAACGACGUUAGACAAUAUACUGCGCUAUGAUACGUUAAUUUUUCUUAAUUAAACGUACGUUCUUGCGUUUAUAUGUAUAAGUUUCUUUCGUUCUCUCGUUUUCUUCUUCGUUCAUCGUUACGCACGAAGAAUCGGAAACGAGCUGAACUUAAGUACAACUUAAACCGUUCUCGUGUACGUAGAGUUAUUUUCUUUUCUUUUUUCUUUCUUUUUGCUUGCGUUGUUAAAAAAAAAAAAAGAAAAGAAGGAAAAAUGUUAAUAAUAUUCGUGCAUUUUUCGCACGAAUGAUCGAACUCGCGAUCAGACUACACAGAAGAGGAAGUUAACGAUCCAUUUUCUUUUCUCUCCUCGGUCAGCGUCAUCGAAGUUUCGUGAUCGUUUCAUUGUUUCUCAUGUACGUUCAACUAGGUUACUUAGAGAGAAUGAUGUAAGAUCGACGCUUGUAUCAGUGAACGAACGUAUUGACCAGAUUAAUCACUUAAUCAGGCGUUGCGUUAUUACUCAUUGUAUUGUUAAACUAUUUCCCCCCCCUUUUCCUUGUUCUUUUUUUCAUUUUGUUACGUUCUUGCGAUCUAUCUAUUAUAAGUUCCACGAAAAUGAUUAAUUUUCCGUUCCACGGGGGCCUGUUUUUCGUUGAGGUUUCUUUUUAACUAUGCCAAUUCCAGAUCGAGUCGAUGAAAAUGUGAAAUGAAAAAUUGCGAAUUUUCUUUUUUCGCGAAAUUAAUAUUUAAAAUCUUAAAAGGAGCCAACAAUACGCGAUACAUCCUAUUCUAUCCUGAAGAUUAAAAAUUUCCACUGGUCAAAUUGUUCAGAUCUCGUCAAACCAAUAAAAUAUGUCAAAAUCCAAUUUCAUUUCAUUUCAAUUUUAAUAUAUUCGAUCUGGCAACAAGGCGCAACACAACAAUGGUUCGAAAGCGACGAAACGACAGAAACGAAAUAUCCCAGAGAAUUCCUACGAACGAACUCCGCUUAGAAACAAUCAUCUCCUGUACAAAAAGUCAGCGUUUUAGCCGCGUAUCGAGGCGAGGCGAAUAAACAAAAAUAGCUCUUGUACAGAGCUUAUUUCCAAGGAAAUGCGUUCGAUAUUAGUCGAUCGAUUUUCGUAUACGAGCACGAUUCGUGUCGGAUCGGCGAGAGCUCGACUCCGCGUUUCCACAUCGUGAAACAAAACGACAAAAAAAAAAAACGAAGAUGUACUGCCAGUAUCAUAUGUAAAUAUAUUCCUCCCAUCGUCCUUUCAGAUACAACUGCCCCUCCCCCCUUCCCCUACGGUCUCCCCUCCCUCCUCUUCCCGUUUUUUAACGCAGAUAUUCCACGAGAUACGCGAGGAAUACGCAUAGCUCUAAUGUACGUUUGUGUAAACGUUUGUACGCGAUUAUUGGCGGAAUAUGAGGUCGUGGAGGAGAUAUUGUUCUUCUUCGACUCGCUUCCGAAUGAAUGCAUCCGACCACAUCCGUGCUGCCGUGUGCGUGAUUCCGUUAGACACACUGCUCUUUCGCGGGGAAAAAAAAAGAAACUUGUUCUUUUAAAUAGAUAAGAGAAAAGAUCGGAUCAGAUUUAUACCAAGUGGGUGGUCACGAUUACUCAAGGGUUGUUUAAAGUGUAUAAAACCCAUAUUUAUAUUUAAUAGAUUUUUCAGUCUUGAAAUAUUUUAUUGUUAUUGCUCAAUGUUGAUGUACAAUGAUGUCUGUUAGUCGAAGAUUAACUUGUAGCAAUAAUUCGAAAAUAAUAUGUUAUAUAUUUGUGUGUAUGUCUUAUAUCGUGGAAUUUAUCAAGGUUUAGUUCUUGUUUUGUCAUUUUUUUUUUUUUUUUUAGAAAGUGAGAAGCUGAGAAAUUGAUCAAUCCGAAUUUUUUAAAAAUUCUUCAUUUUAAGAGUUCAAAUGUGUGAUUGAUGAUUUGAAAAGAAAAUUAAUUAGCCUUGAAUAUAAGGAGUAUAAUCACCUUGGUUUCUAAUUUGUAUUUGCUAGUUUUUUUAGUCUUUUUUUUAUUUUCUUUUAUUUUAUUGAUGACCGCCCAUUUAGUAAACAGAAUAUAGAAUAAUAUCUUUUCUCGACACAAAUAACAAUGAGCACUUUUUUUUUUUUUCAUUCGAUUGUGUACACACUCAUCAACUCGUCAAUCAUUCAUAUAAUAAUCUUUCAGGCUUUUGUCGAAGCUUUUUUUUUUCUCCGAUAAAAUUGAAAAAUUCGAGUGCUGGUUGCCCGAAUAAUUUGCUUUUCGUCGAUAAAUCGAAAUAAAAAUAAAUAUUUUCCUCGUGAAACAAAUUCUUGUCGCGUGUUUCGCGUUGAAGAUUGAAAUAAAAAAAAAAAAAAAAUCAAAGAAAAAUUAUUAGCAGCUCUCGAAUCAAGGGUACUUAGAAUGGUCCAUGUAAAUACGUUUAGAGAAUUUUUGUAUGAAAAAAAUUGUUCAUAACUACCGAACAUAUGUAUUUAAUAAACACAAUGUUUCUAACAAGAGAUAAUAUUUAAUUUUAAGCAAACGAUCAUAUGUAUGUCUCUUCAUGAACGUUGUACAAGAUGUUCUCGUUAUAUUCAUGCAUUUUUAAAUAUACGAAAUAUUUGCUAAAGUAGGCGAUAGAAUUUUGUGUAAUCGUAGGUUUAAAUGUUAAGUCUAGCCAAAUAUAUUUCAAUUUCGUAU